UUCGUCAUCACUUCCGCAUCCUGUUAGCUUAGCCCUCCUGGUUCUUCUUGCGUUCAUAGAAAUUGUUGGGACGGCGGGCGUUCAGAGGGUGUUGUUCAUUUUUCAUACGUUUCUCGAAAUUUGCCUCCCUGCUCCUAUUCUGCGGUGCUACCUUGACGCCGGGGUGGUGUCCAUUGAGUGCCACGGCUCCCCCUUAAUCAGCGAAAAAGACCGGAGACCGGAUUUUUGUGAAGGAUUUUUUUUGUGCUUGUUUUAGCCGAGCGCCAGGCACAUCGCACGCUGAUGGCGGUCACUAUUGAGGAUCUCUAUCGUAGCUACGGGGUCCUUGCUGAUGCCAAGGACGACGUCAGCCAGCACAAAGAUGCCUACCAAGUCAUCUUGGAUGGCGUGAAGGGCGGGCCCAAGGAGAAGCGUCUGGCUGCUCAGUUCAUCCCAAAGUUCUUCAGCAGCUUUCCGGAGCUAGCCGACGCGGCCAUCAACGCCCAGCUGGAUCUCUGCGAAGAUGAUGACGUGUCGAUUCGGCGUCAGGCUAUUAAGGAGCUCCCACGCUUUGCAACUGGCGACAACAUCCUCAAGGUGGCAGAUAUUCUCACACAGCUCCUCCAGACAGAUGACACGGCUGAAUUCAACCAAGUGAACGUUUCGCUGAUUUCGAUCUUCAAGAUUGAUGCAAAGGGCACCCUCGGAGGUCUCUUUUCACAGAUCCUUCAAGGGGAGGACAUUGUGCGGGAGCGGGCCAUAAAGUUUUUGUCCACCAAGCUCAAGACUCUGCCUGAAGACGUCAUGACAAAGGAGGUGGAGGAAUACGUCUUUGCAGAGACCAAGAAGGUGCUGGAGGACGUUACUGGUGAGGAGUUUGUGUUGCUGAUGCGCUUGGUGUCAGGCCUGCGCGUGCUGCAAACGGUGAGUGGGCGCCAGCAGCUGGUGGAGCUGGUGGUGGAGCAAGCCUUCCUGGAGCAGGCGCUCAACCCAGCUGAUCUUGACACAGUGGACCGCCUGCUGCAGUGCACGCGUCAGGCACUGCCCCUCUUUUCUAAAAAUGUCCAUUCCACACGUUUUGUGACAUACUUUUGUGAGCAUGUCCUGCCCAACCUCAGCACACUGACUUCUCCUGUGGCGGAGCUAGACAUUCAACUUGAGGUCCUCAAGCUGCUGGCGGAAAUGAGUCCUUUCUGCGGCGAUAUGGACAAGCUGGAGACCAACCUCAACAUGCUCUUCACCAAGCUUUUGGAGUACAUGCCUCUGCCGCCAGAAGAGGUGGAGAAUGGCGAGCAGCCAACCAGCGAGGAACCCAAGUUGCAGUUCAGCUAUGUGGAGUGUCUGCUAUUCACUUUUCACCAGCUGGGCAAGAAGCUGCCCGACUUCCUCAUCGACAAGGUGGACGCUGAGCGCCUUAAAGACUUCAAAAUAAGGUUACAGUAUUUUGCCAGAGGCCUGCAGGUUUACAUCAGGCAGCUGCGAGUGGCUUUGCAGGGCAAGACAGGAGAAGCGCUCAAGACUGAUGAGAACAAGAUCAAGGUGGUGGCCCUGAAGAUAACAAACAACAUCAACGUCCUCAUAAAGGAUCUAUUCCAUAACCCUCCAUCAUUCAAGAGCGCUGUCACUCUGUCCUGGAAGCCCGUUCAGAAGGCCGAGGCGGCAGCCGUGGCUCUCAAGCGUCCGUCUGGCGACGACGCUAACUCGGGCGCCAGCCUGAAGAAGCAGAUGGCCCCGCAGCCUCGACGUGAUGCGCGGCAGAUCUACAACCCACCCAGUGGCAAAUACAGUGCGUCCCUCGGGAACUUUAACUACGUACCGUGAAGUCCAGCCUUAUCUGCUUAAGAUGCUGCAACUGCAACCUGACUCCCAUAAGAGGAAGAGAAUGGAUGGAUAAAGAGACGUUUAUGUAAUAAAUAAUCGUUACAACCCUCCUGUUCAUGAUUUUGCUUCGUUUGGGUCCUGGUGAGCAAUCAGGUUGGGUUUAGAUUAGUGUAUUAAUUAACAACAAAUGUUUACAUAGGGCGGAAAGCGUUGAGGUCCCGGGUUCAAUACCGGACCCACCUGUGUGGAGUUUGUAUGUUCUCCCCGUCCUUGCGUGGGUUUUCUCCGGGCACUCCGGUUUCCUCCCACAUCCCCAAAACAUGCAACAUGAAUUAGACACUCUAAAUUGCCCCUAGGUAUGAUUGUUAGUGCGGCUGUUUGUCUUGAUGUGCCCUGUGAUUGGCUGGCAACCAGUUCAGGGUGUGCCCCUGCCUCCUGCCCGUUGACAGCUGGGAUAAGCUUGAGCACUCCCGUGACUCGUGAGGAUAAGCGGCUAAGAAAAUGGAUGGAUAGAUAAUAUUUACAUGGUAGUCUGCUAAAGUAUCGCACACAAAAAGGUUGGGGAACACUGAAAAAGAUUAGAAAUAUAUAGCUUGCUUAUUAAAUGGGGCAAAUCAUAUAUACAGUGCCUUGUGAAUGUAUUCGGCCCCCUUGAACUUUUCAACCUUUCCCCACAUUUCAGGCUUCAAACAUAAAGAUAUAAAAUAAAAAUGUUUUGUCAAGAAUCAACAACAAAUGGGACACAAUCGUGAAUUGGAAUGAAAUUCAUUGGAUACUUUCAACUUUUUUUUAGCAAAUAAAAACAUGAAAAGUGGAGCCUGCAAUAUUAUUCAGCCCCCUUGCAUUAAUACUUUGUAGCGCCACCUUCUGCUGCUAUUACAGCUGCAAGUCGCUUGGGGUAUUUCUCUGUAGGUUUUGCACAUCGAGAGACUGCAAUUUCAAUUGGAUUGA